UCUUGCAUGCAUCUUCAUCGUCAUGGUCAUCUACCAGCGGGAGAAUGGCAGAGGUGGCUGGAGGCACGACGGCCGAGUGCGCUGCGGUGUGGUGUUGUUGUCCUUGUAGUUUGGUCAAUUUACUUGUGCUUGUGGUGUACAAGGUUCCUGCAGGCAUUUGUAAGAAGGCGUUGCGAAUGCGACGGCGGAAACAAAUGUUUAAGAAAGGUCUCCUCCCCCUUCCAUCAUCAGCUCCCUCUAGUAGAAGAUCAUGUGAAUGCAAGUGCACCAGCCAUCAUGUUGAUCUCGAUGGGGUGGGGAAUAAAACCGAGGAGCUCAUGGCAGUGGUGGUCAUGGGUGGGACUAGUAGCGAUGAAAACAUUAAUAUUACUGAUAAGGAGUUAAUGCAAUUAGAAGAGGAGAUGUGGGAGAGGUUCUACUCUACUGGCUUUUGGAGAAGCCCUUCCCAAAGAGAAAAAGAAAGGGAACAACAACAACAAUGAUUUCAUUCACUUUUUUUGUUGUCUGGAAAUAGAUCUCUUUGUUAAUUUUUGUUCAUUUCUUUUUUCAUCUUUCCUUAUUUUUUGAGUUUUAAUUAAGAGUAUUUUGGCGGGGUGGGGAGAUGAUUCAAGGGUGUUUUUAUAUCUCUUGUUUUCGUUGCUACUGUAAAUGGAAAUGGGGAACGGUUUUGUUUUUAUAUAUUGUUAAUUUCGAGGUAUCAUAAACAAUACAUCUAAUAGAUAGAUACAUUAUAUUUAAUAUAAUUACAGUACUACAAAAACGAUAAUUUAUGGACGCUUAGAGGUCGACGCGCAAGAGUAGGUGCUAGUGGGAUUAUUAAUUCCCGUGUCUGUUCGACGUUUUUGGGAGUCCAGAAAUUAUACCAGCAGCUUUAGGCGUCGUAUAUACAUGUGUCAAUCAUGUCAUCAACUCAUCAAUCCGCGUGAUUGGGAGAAAGAGAAAUUGUG